GCAUCGAGAUAGAUGGUAUGGAUUGGUGCAUGCUGGAUCGGUGUGCGUUCGUUUCGACGACCGCGAGGUCAAAGCGCACCAACCGGCCGUACUGCACAGCAGUUUGCGUGAGUCGUCCUACGUAGGCGGGAAAUCAUAGUAGAAAGCGUAGACGGAAGCAGAGGCGAGAGUUUACGAAAACAGAAACCCCCUGUUCCUGUUUUUUUUCUGUUUUUUUUUUUUCCCUUCUUUGUGAGCGUGUUUUCAGUCGAUAUAAGGAGUGUGUAUGCGACGAGAGGGCCUAACGUACGCGCAACGUCCCGCUGUCGGUGUGGUGUUCCGCCUGCAGCGGUCCGUUAGAGCGGGGGUUGGAGAGAACGAGAGAGGGCGAGAGAAGAAAAGAAGAGCCCACUCGGCGUGUUUUGUGAUGUUCGGCGUUCGUUUAGUUUAACCUGCGCGCGCAUGAGGGCGGGGAGGGUAGGGUGGUAGUUCCGAAAGUGUUUCGAACUUAGUUGAGUGUUGGAUAAAACGCAAAAAAAUGAUGGGCCAUUCGGGCGCUAUAUACCCUUGUUUACGCGUGCGUUCAGUAUAUAUACUACACUCAUAUAACAAACAACCAAAAAAAUCGAAAAAAGCCUGUGUUUACAUUU